GGCCUCUGACAUUUUAGGAAGCUGUGCUGUGGGCGCUUCUGAAUCUCCUCCCCCGGGCUCCUCCUCCCCUCCUCAGAGGGCACACCCCCCUCAGCUACCCCUGCCGUGGUGGCCAGAGCCGCGCAGCCCCCUCUCUAAGUCAGGAGCAGCCUGCCUGCUGGGCAGGUCGAGGCGAGGGCCCCAGAGGACUGAGAGGAUGGGGAACUUGCUGCCAAGGGAAAACAGGUGGCAGCUGAACACUCAAGAAACACCCUGGAAUCUGAGAAGUCAAAGCCCCAAACUGAGACUAUCCAGAUGCUCGGACUGCCACAUUGCUGAGGGGUGUUUCUGCCUUCCGUGGAAAAAAAUACACAUUUUUGAAGCACGACAAGACUCCCGAAAGCAAAAUGAAGAAACAUCAUCUGCUCCCAUUCAGCAAGACAAUGGUGACCAGGGCUCCUCGGAGGAUCUGUGCUACACCCUCAUCAAUCACAGCGUCCUUGGGAAAAGGCCGUCGGGGAUCUCUGCUGAGGAAUCCUAUGAGAAUGUUUCCCUCAAGGCUGAGAGGCCCAGAGCAUCGCUGGGAGGAACCGAGACUGAGUACUCACUCCUUCGCGUGCCCUCCGCCCCUAAGCACCCGUCCUCCCCAGAGGACGAGUAUGAACUUCUCAUGCCCGGCGGGACCUUGCCUCACUCCCUGAGACAGUCACGCCCACUCGCGCCCCCUCCUCAGGCUCCGUUUUCUCAUCUCUGAUGAAGCGACUGGACCAGCGCUUAAUUUGCUGAUGCUCCGUCGCUCAGUCGUGUUCGACUCCAUGGACUGAAGCACGCCAGGCUUCCCUGUUCUUCACCAGGUCCCGGAGCUUGCUCAAACUCUUGUCCAUUGAGUCAGUGAUGCCAUUAACCAUCUCACCCUCUGUCGUCCCUUUCUCCUCCUGCCUUCAAUCUUUCCCAGCAUCGGGGUCUAUUCUAAUGAGUCGGAUCUUUGUACCAGGUGGUCAAAGUAUUGGAGCUUCAGCCUCAGCAUCAGUCCCUCCAAUGAAUAUUCAGGAUUGAUUUCCUGUAGGAUUGACUGAUUUGAUCUCCUUGCACUCCAAGGGACUCCCAAGAGUCUUUUCCAGCACCAAAACUCAAAGGCAUCAAUUCUUCAGCAUUCAGCCUUCUUUAUGGCCCAACUCUCACAUCCAUACAUGACUACUGGAAAAACCAUAGCUUUGACUUAUACAGACCUUUGUUGGCAAAGUGAUAUCUCUGCUUUUUAAUAUGCUGUCCAGGUUAGUCAUAGCUUUUCUUCCAGGGAGCAAGUGUGUUUUAAUUUCAUGGCUGCAACCACCAUCUGCAGUGAUUUUGGAGCCCAAGAAAAUAAAGUCUGUCGCUGUUUCCAGCAAUUAAUACCAGCAAAUAAACCCGUGAGUGGGGAAAUUUGGUUGAAGCAGGUCUGGGGCACGGAGCACUUUCAGCCUCUCUCCGCUCCCCACACACACGACAGCUUUUGCUAUGGAGGUCCAUGUAGAAAGUGGUUUGCAGACCUCAAAGCCUCCUAAAUCCUCCUUGAUGUCCAGCAUCCAAAGAUCACCCAACUAUCCUGAAUACUCACUCUUUGAGAAGGAAGUGACCAUCUUUGGUUCUCUGGCUUUGGAUGUGGGCCAUUCUACUCAGUGGCAGGAGGGACUCCCUGGUCCCCUGCUCCUUCGUUCAGGUUCUUCUUACAAAAUGUCUGUGUGAUUGUGCCCUGAAGUCACAGAAAAGCUUCACCCAUCAUAUUAAGAGCCCCUGGGUUACCCAAAGGGGCAACCUCAUUCCACAUAUGUCUGUGUCCCCAACUCCUCACUCAUAACCUUCCAGGUAGGUGCCUGUGGCUUUCCUCUCACUCCAGGCCUCUAAGAAGUGUCCUUUGCUGUGGGGGAGGGGAAGGAGAGAGUGGAGUGAGUUGGGAGAGUAAUAAUGACACAUAAACACUACCACAUGUAAAAUAGACAGCUAGUGGGGCCCUGCUGCAGAACGCAGGGAGCUCAGCCUGAUGCUCUGUGAUGACCUAGAGGGCUGGGAUGGCAGCGGGGAGGAGCCUCAAGAGGGAAGGGAUAUAUGUAUACAUAGAGCUGAUUCACUUUGCGGUCCAGCAGAAAUGGACACAACAUUGUAAACCAAUUGUACUGCAAUAAAAAUAAAUGUAUAUUAAAAAAUAAUAAUAAGUA